CUUUUUUUUUGGCGUUUCAGUCAACCAUGUCUUUGAGGCCAGAAUUUGGCGUAAGCUCGUCGAAAUUCAAUAGAGGAAGAGGAAGAGGACGAAGGGCAGGCUAUAAUAGGCCGACCUCUUCCACUGCUUUUCAGAAAUAUGGAUUACCUUCCUCAAGCUCAACUACCGAUCCGACCAACCUGGAUCAAAGAUUUGACGAUAUUCGUGCACUCGAUGAACUGGAGAGUAGAUUCGGAUUUGAAAAAUACCAAGACGGCCCUGAACGCCUAGGAUGGUUGAUCAACAUGCAUGCGACUAUCAUUGAAGAUGACGAUUGGCCCGGAGGUCGAGCUGGCGUCAAUUACUAUUUCAUCAACGAGAAUGGAGAAACUUUCAAAUCCACAUUGACGUACUCACCCUAUUUUUACAUUGGUUGCAAGCGCGGUACAGAAGCGGAAGUGGAGGAGUUCCUACGUCGAAAAUUCGAAACAACUAUUGAGUCUGUCAAACGUGUGCAAAAAGAGGAUUUGAAGCAGCAUAACCACUUGAUUGGCAAUUCCCGCACCUUCAUACAGCUCAACUUUCGAAACGUAUCUGAUCUGCUAACUGUUCGCAAAUUUAUCCUACCGUUGGUGAAGAAGAAUCAGGCAAAAAUAAAUGCUGCCGAUACAUAUGCCGACGUCGUCAACGAAGCGAAUAAUAUCCAGUACGAUCACGAAUCGCAUUUGGCAUCCAUGUCUUCACGAAGGAGUACCCAGGACGCUCUAGAUAAUAUUAUCGAUAUCCGUGAAUACGAUAUUCCAUAUUAUGCUCGUGUCGCGAUCGACCUCGAUAUUCGAGUCGGUCUCUGGUACACAGUCAAAGCAUUGCCGGAUGGGACGGUUUCUCUCAGCCGAAGAUCGGAUCUGGUUCAUCGUCCGGAACCUGUCAUUUUAGCCUUUGAUAUUGAAACGACCAAACUUCCACUCAAAUUUCCAGAUGCUUCCAUAGAUCAAAUCAUGAUGAUUUCUUACAUGAUCGACGGAAGGGGUUAUCUGAUUACCAAUCGCGAAAUUGUCAGUCAAGAUAUUGAAGAUUUCGAAUAUACACCAAAACCAGACUUUGAAGGUCCUUUUACAAUUUUCAACGAAUCAGACGAGUUGUCUGUGUUACGUCGUUUCUUUGAACAUAUUCAGGACGCCAAACCGUCGAUCUAUGUUACUUAUAACGGUGACUUUUUCGAUUGGCCCUUUGUUGAAGCCAGAGCAAAGAUUCAUGGUCUUGAUAUGUAUCAGGAAAUUGGCGUUUACAAGGAUGAGGAAGAUGAAUACAAGUGUAAACAUGCGUCACACAUGGAUGCGUUUCGAUGGGUGAAGCGCGAUUCAUAUUUACCCCAAGGCAGUCAGGGUCUCAAAGCAGUAACGACGGCUAAAUUGGGAUAUAAUCCAAUGGAAUUGGAUCCAGAAGACAUGACUCCGUUUGCAGCAGAACGACCUCAACUGCUGGCACAGUAUUCGGUCUCUGACGCUGUCGCUACGUAUUAUCUAUACAUGAAAUAUGUUCAUCCAUUCAUUUUCUCUCUGUGCAAUAUCAUUCCUUUGAUUCCUGACGAAGUUCUCCGCAAAGGUUCCGGUACUCUCUGCGAACUAUUACUUAUGGUCGAAGCUUACAAAGUCAACGUGAUUAUGCCAAAUAAACACACUGAAGAAACGGGCAAAAUCUUCGAAGGUCAUCUUCUGGAAAGUGAGACGUACGUGGGUGGCCACGUGGAAGCUCUCGAAGCUGGUGUGUUUCGCAGUGACAUUGCAAGUGAUUUCAAAAUCGAACCGGAAGCUGCGCAGCAACUUAUUGAUCAGCUUGAAGACGCGCUGAAAUUUACAAUUCAAGUGGAAGAGAAGAAGAGCGUCGAUGAUAUCGCCAAUUAUGAUGAAGUUCGCGAUGCUAUCAAAGCCAAACUGGAAGAUUUGCGAGACAGACCCAUUCGGCAUGAACCACCCUUUAUUUAUCACUUGGAUGUGGCUGCCAUGUAUCCAAACAUUAUUCUCACCAAUCGCUUACAGCCGGACGCUAUGAUUGAUGAAUCCAUGUGUGCCACAUGCGAAUUCAACCGACCCGGUAAAACCUGCGAUCGACGUAUGACUUGGACAUGGCGUGGCGAGUUCUUUCCAGCCAAACGAAACGAGCACAAGAUGAUUCACAAUCAGUUGACUCAAGAGACCUUUCCGCCCAAAGUCCCUAACGGUGCCCCCCGACCAUGGCAUGAACUAAGCGAAGCCGAACAGACAACGUUACUGCAUAAACGCCUGACGGAUUACUGUAAACGUGUGUACAAAAAAGUUCGAGAGACGAAAACGAUGGAACGAGAAUCUAUUAUUUGUCAGCGAGAGAAUCCUUUCUAUAUCGAGACUGUACGUGCAUUUCGUGAUCGAAGAUACGAGUACAAGGGUUUACAUAAAAAAUGGAAACAAAACUUGGACCAAGCAAACAGCGAAGGCUCAGUUACCAAAGUGGCGGAGGCGAAAAAUAUGAUUGUAUUGUACGACUCCCUUCAGCUUGCCCACAAAUGUAUUCUCAACUCGUUUUAUGGUUACGUUAUGCGAAAAGGCGCCCGAUGGCACUCCUUGGAAAUGGCGGGUAUCGUCUGUCUUACAGGCGCGAAAAUCAUUCAAAUGGCUCGUCAGCUGGUGGAACGGAUCGGACGACCGCUGGAAUUGGAUACAGACGGUAUUUGGUGUAUUUUACCAAAAAGCUUUCCGGAAACAUUCAAGUUUCAGCUAAAGAACGGCAAAAGCUUCAAGAUCGACUAUCCUUGUACUAUGCUGAACCACCUUGUCCACGCCAAAUUCACCAACCAUCAGUAUCAGACGUUGACGAACAAGGACACUUUUGAUUACAGCGUGCACAGCGAGAACAGCAUCUUUUUCGAAAUCGACGGUCCUUACCGUGCGAUGAUUUUGCCGUCAUCUACCGUCGAAGAUAAAUUGCUCAAGAAGCGAUACGCUGUCUUUAAUGAAGAUGGUUCAUUGGCCGAGUUGAAAGGUUUCGAGGUCAAGCGAAGAGGCGAGCUGAAGCUCAUCAAGAUUUUCCAGUCCGAAAUUUUCAAGGUGUUUCUCGACGGAAGCAAUUUGGAAGAAUGCUAUGCGGCCGUAGCCAAGGUCGCCAAUCGCUGGUUGGAUGUUCUUUACAGCAAAGCUGCCAAUUUGAACGACGACGAAUUGUUUGAUCUGAUUUCCGAAAAUCGAAGUAUGUCCAAGACCCUGGAAGAUUACGGAUCACAAAAGUCGACCGCCAUCAGCACAGCAAAAAGAUUGGCCGAGUUUUUGGGUGAUCAAAUGGUGAAGGACAAGGGCUUGGCCUGUAAAUUUAUCAUCUCUGCGCGUCCCUACGAUCUCCCGGUGUCUGAACGAGCUAUUCCAGUCGCCAUCUUUUCGGCUGAAUCGAGCGUCAAGAAACACUUUCUCAGAAAAUGGCUCAAGGAUAACGCUCUGGUCGACUUUGACAUUCGUACGAUCCUCGAUUGGCCCUACUACUUGGAACGUUUCGGAUCGGUUAUCCAAAAACUCAUCACCAUUCCAGCGGCUAUGCAGAAAGUGCUUAAUCCUGUGCCCAGAGUGCGACAUCCGGACUGGUUGUAUAAUCGUGUGGCAGCAAAGGACGAUAAAUUCAAGCAAUAUCGCAUCACCGACCUGUUUACAAAGGUUGAUAAAGCUUCGCCCACUCUCGCUGCAGAUGACACUAGCGAAACCACGAAAAACGGAAAUGAUGCCAAUGAACAGUCGAUAGACAUCGAAAUGCAGGAUAUCGAGGAAUUAGGUGUAGGUAACCAAGCAUCGGCGGUUCACAUGUCAAAGGUCGCAAAACUUGUCAAACGAAGGCGCCAAACAGCAGAUAUGGAAGUCGAUGAGGAAGAAGCCCCGCUGGCGGAGGAAGAUCUGCCGGCAAAUAUGCCGGAUAUGCACACCGACUACGGAGCCUGGCUACAAUAUCAAAAGAGAAAAUGGGAACGACAACGUGUAGCUCGGUUAAAGCGAAGAAAAGCAAACCAAUCGUCACGGCUCCACGAUCGCAGCGACGUCAGUGGAUAUUUCCGACGACAAACAGGCUCGCUUGUCGCUAGUCGAUGGGACAUCCUACAUAUCGCUGAAACUGAUGUGCAGGGAGAAUAUCGUUUGUGGGUCGUUAUUCAAGGGCGUCUUCACAAUGUGAAACUGAGGGUGCCUCGCACAUUCUAUGUCAACAGCAGAGAAGAAGAUUCGACCGAGAUAUUGCGCGAAAGCCCAUCCUGCGAAAUCACAAAAUGUGUCAGGACAUUACCUCGAUCCCAUCCCUGUAUCAAUCUAUUUCACAUCAGCAUGGAUGAGAAAGAUUUUCAAGCCGAACAAAAGAAGUUCUCCAGUAUAUUUAGCCAUCCAUCAACCGAAGGUGUCUACGAGACCCAGAUUCCUUUGCACAUACGGGCGGUACUGCAGCUUGGAACCUCCUGUGAGGUCGCCAAGGAGAUAGCCGUGCGCAAAAGCUUGGAUGAUUAUUUUGAUCUGUCGGAUUUGACCCCACGGACAGACAGCAUCAACAGCUAUGUACUGCAGCCAAAGGAUUUCCACUUUCUCUACCUUUAUCACGUCAACUGCGAUAAUCGCCACGUCUUUGCGCUCGUUGGAGCAGCAUUAGACCAGUGUCAUGUAUUUAUCGUCGGUACCAAUCAGCGAAAUCAUCAAAUGCCAAACAUCAACCGUCUCUACAAAGCCAAGUAUGAGGAAACCUGGAAUGAGAAUGCUGACAGUAAAGCAAGCGACACCGUGCAAUACAAGCCUGAUCUGGAUUUUGCUGUAUCUUAUCACGAAUCAGAACGCGUGGUCUUCCGUGCUGUGAACAAGAUACUGCGUAAGUAUCAGGAUCAGAAAAAAGGGCAAACCGUGAUUGCAAUCAGUUCACCGCGCAAUUCGGCUUACAUCGUUCAGCAAGUGCGCAUUCUCAAUGAAUUUCCGUAUCUGAAAACUCCGUCACUCCAGCAAGAUAACAAAUUUGACGCCCUCAAUUGGCUUCAACCGGCCAUCAAGCGUAUGCUGCACAGUUACAUUGAAUUGGGCACCUGGAUUAACGAGCGUUUGGGUCAAGCACGAUAUGCAAACGUACCGUUUUGUAAUCUCCCAGAUGAUGCUUAUCUUUUCAUGGCUGAUGUCUUUUUAUCUCGACGCCUGAUCAGCAGUGACAUGGUAUUAUGGUGGUCUCCUGCGAACAAACCCGAUCUAGGUGGAAGAGAAGAAGACGAGAACACGUUUAUGAUGAACGAACUCGUGAACACCGAACUGAACCAUCCUGACGUGUACGAAAACGUAUGUGUGGAAAUUGAUUUGAUGCGGUUAUGCCUCAACAGUAUUCUGGAGGCACCCAUCAUCAACGAAUUGGAGGGCACCUCCGGCUCCACGGGAUUCGACAAUACGAUUCAUACACUUGACGAUUACAGCAAGGGCAUUGUUCACAACACGGCGAGCUUCGGUGAUGGAAUGGUGACCGGAAAAACGUUCAGCAUGCUGCGUUCGACGGUACAAAAAUGGUUUUAUGAAGCUGUAGCUCAAGACAACAAGCUCGGUGAGAUGAUGCUCGAUACGUUGCAUCGUUGGUUGUCCAGCAGCACGUCCAAUAUGUAUGAUCCUUCUCUGUAUGGUGUGAUUCACGGCAUGAUGAAGAAAGUAUUCAUGCAACUACUGGCGGAGUUCAAGCGACUAGGUGCAAAGAUUGUGUUUGCCAACUUUUACAAGAUCAUGUUAUCGACGUCCAAGGAGACCAUCGAAAGUGCGCAACCCUAUUGCGAGUACCUGUAUCGAUCUAUCCAACAUAAGCAGAUCUUUGAAGUGCUUGAUUUAUCGUCAGUGGAUUACUGGGAUAUGCUGGUGUGGAUGGACGAAAUGAACUACGGAGGAAUUCUAGUGGACAACGGUGGCGGCAAUAAGCGUGGGUCCGGAUCGACGGUUCAUAUGCAGUGGAACAUUCAGGAUUAUCUUCCUCCCAUUGUCCAAGACAUGUUCAAAAAAGUCAUUGGAGCUUACAUCUACAAGAUGCAUCAGUCGAAACGAGAAUUUCCCCGAUCCAUUACCGCUGAUAUACAAAAAGCGGAUUCGACGAUGCCAGAUCCUCGCUCAGAGAAAUUACAAGACUUUAUAAGACACAACAUCAUGCGCAAAAUUCUUCAGUGGAUUCCGGAUAUUGUUGCACGACAAAACGAUCACCUAGUUCAGGCGGGCUCCGAACUUGCGUUUCCUCAACUUCCAGGGUCCCAUCUAACGCUUAGCAACCCGGCUCUGGAAUUCACGAAAUCAGUAUGUGCUGUCAUGUCGCUGGAUUCACGCGUAGAAGAUCAAGUUCGCGUCUUGAAACGAAGCGUUCUGGAAGCAAUUGGUGGACUAAGCGAUUUCAGUGCCGAGGCCCAAUUUCGCAACCCAUGCGAAUACUACAAGUUGACCGAAGUGAUUUGCACCUACUGCAAUUAUACGACGGAUCUGGACUUUUGCCGUGAUCGCAGACUGAUGAGCGAAAACGGGCAAUUACAGCCGUGGCGUUGCCGUGGAUGUCACCUGGAAUACGACAAGACGUUGAUUGAAGAUCGCAUGAUAUCCGAAGUCCAACGUUGGCUCGCGUCCUACCAACUUCAAGAUUUAGUUUGUACUCGAUGCCGAUCGAUCAAAAAAGAAAACUUGAUGAAGCAGUGCGACAAGUGUGGAAGCGAAUACAUGCCAGUGCAGAACAAAUCAGAGCUGGCGCGAAAACUUGGCGUUUUCAAGAAUGUUGGGCGGGAGCAAAACCUUGUUCUGUUACUGGAAAUUGUAAAUUGGAGUCUACAGCGAUUAUGAACAAAUAAUCCAAAUUAUUCCAACACGAGCCUUGUAAAUAUUUAACCAAAGCAUGAUAGAUCAUUUCAUUUCAUACCUGAAGAACCGUUUCUAAAUAAUCAGCAACUGCCAAUCCUUAAUCCGGAGAAAUCCCAUCUCAAAAUAAAGGAUAGUUGAAAACUGUACACAAAAACACAUCACUAACAUAACAUGGCAAUGAUCAC